AUGGCGCAGGAGGCUGCACCGGCGAGGCCUGCGGGCCCCACCAGGCUUGUCUACUUCGAUGAUAUGGGAGCGCUCCGCUACUCCGCCACCGUCCUCUCCGUCCACCUGGAGGACGGCGGCCGGGUAGCGGUGGUGCUGGACGCCACAGUCUUCCACCCGCAGGGCGGCGGCCAACCGGCGGACACGGGCGUCAUCUCCGCUGGCGGAGCCAGGUUUCUCGUCGAGGAUGUGCGGGCGAAGGACGGAGUGGUUUUCCACUAUGGAAGAUUUGAGGGCACGGAACAAGGAUGUGGGAUUGGAUUUAAAGAGGAGGAAACCGUUAGCUUGGAGGUCGACGCAGAACGGCGCAGCUUUAAUUCAAGGCUUCAUUCUGCUGGGCAUUUGUUGGACAUCUGUGUCCACAAUGUAGGCCUCUUUCAUCUGCAACCUGGGAAAGGCUACCAUUUUCCUGAUGGAGCGUUUGUUGAGUAUAAGGGAGUAAUUCCUCCAGAUCAAAUACAGGUUAAGAAAAAUGAACUGGAAAGGGAAGCCAAUAGGCUAAUUUCAGAAGGAGCGAAGGUCUUAGCUUCUGUUUUUCCUUAUGAGGAGGCAGCGAUAUUAUGCGGAGGUUCUCUGCCUAGCUACAUUUCAAAGGAUAGCACUCCUCGCAUUGUGAAGUUCGGGGAUAAUCCUGGUGGUCCUUGCGGUGGUACUCAUGUUGCUGACAUUUCAAUCAUCAAUAGCCUAAAGGUAACAAACAUAAGAGUCAAGAAAGGCCUCACUAAAGUCUCAUACAGCAUCAGCCCAUGA